UGCGCCGAGCUGGCGGUUGCCGGGAGGUGGCGGGGGUGGAGUCGUUGGGGCCCUGAUCAUGUCUGUCAGCCCGACGUUUCCGGUUCUGCUGAGGCCACUAGGUUUGGGAUGAAAGAAGCAGGGCAAAUGCAAAAUCUGGAGAGCGCGCGGGCCGAGCGGUCAGUCAGUACCCAGACUGGCAGCAUGACCGGUCAAAUACCUAGGCUUUCUAAAGUCAACCUUUUCACUCUGCUCAGCCUAUGGAUGGAACUUUUCCCAGCAGUAGAAGCCCAAAGAAAAAACUCUCAGGAAAAGGAAGAGGGAAAUCAGGGAUCUGUACAAGACAGUAAAGAAAUGGCCAAGGUAUCUACUGACAAAAAACAGGUGAAGAAAACUGGUCUUGUGGUGGUGAAAAACACAAAAAUUGUUGGUCUCCACUGUUCCAGUGAUGAUUUACAUGCUGGGAAAAUUGCUCUUAUUAAACAUGGGUCAAGGCUGAAAAACUGUGACCUUUAUUUUUCCAGAAAACCAUGUUCUGCUUGUUUGAAAAUGAUUGUAAAUGCUGGGGUUAACCGAAUUUCAUAUUGGCCUGCUGAUCCAGAAAUAAGUUUGCUUACUGAGGCUUCUAGUUCUGAAGAUGCAAAGUUAGAUGCCAAAGCAGUGGAAAGAUUGAAAUCAAACAGUCGGGCCCAUGUGUGUGUCUUGCUUCAGCCUUUGGUGUGUUAUAUGGUGCAGUUCGUUGAGGAGACCUCUUACAAAUGUGACUUUAUUCAAAAAAUUGCAAAAACAUUGCCAGAUGCUAACAUUGACUUUUACUCUGAAUGUAAACAGGAAAGAAUAAAAGAAUAUGAAAUGUUAUUUUUGGUUUCAAAUGAAGAAAUGCAUAAGCAAAUCUUAAUGACUAUAGGUUUGGAGAACUUGUGUGAAAAUCCAUACUUUAGCAAUCUAAGGCAAAAUAUGAAAGACCUUAUCCUUCUUUUGGCCACAGUAGCCUCCAGUGUGCCCAUCUUUAAACACUACGGAUUUUACUGUGGCAAUACCGAACAGAUAGAUGAAAUUCACAAUCAAAGUUUGCCACAAGAAAUUGCAAGGCACUGCAUGGUUCAGGCCAGGUUAUUGGCAUAUCGAACUGAGGAUCAUAAAACAGGAGUUGGAGCAGUCAUCUGGGCAGAAGGAAAAUCACGAAACUGUGAUGGAACAGGUGCAAUGUACUUCAUAGGAUGUGGUUAUAAUGCUUUUCCUGUUGGAUCUGAGUAUGCUGACUUCCCACACAUGGAUGACAAGCAGAAAGACAGAGAAAUAAGGAAGUUCAGAUAUAUUGUACAUGCGGAACAGAAUGCCUUGACAUUUAGGUGUCAAGAAAUUAAACCAGAAGAAAGAAGUAUGAUUUUUGUGACAAAAUGCCCAUGUGAUGAGUGUGUACCUUUAAUUAAAGGUGCAGGCAUAAAACAAAUUUAUGCAGGAGAUGUAGAUGUUGGGAAGAAGAAGGCAGACAUCUCUUACAUGAGAUUUGGGGAACUUGAGGGUGUCAGCAAGUUUAUAUGGCAGUUGAAUCCAUCAGGAACUUGUGCUCUUGAACAAAAUGAUCCUAAAAGCAAAGGAAGUAAUGGUGUGUUGAGACCCAUUCCUUUGGAUGAAGAGCAACACCAAAAAAAGAAGCUGUGCCUUGAAAACCACUAAGAGGUUCUAUUCAAACUGCAGUGAAAGCCUCAAGAAUUUUUAUUGCACUUUUUAAAAUCCAGCCUUGUUAAUUCCAAAAAUAAGGAUGGAUUUUUGUGGGGAAAAGUUUAAGGAUGCUAAUUUAUUGCUAGCAUAAGAAUGAAGUGAAUAAGAAUGUUUUUAUUUUGGAUUUAUGUAUUUUUCAGAAUAUAGCACUGUGUUCUUUUAUUACACUAAAUGAAGUGAAGUAAGAAUGUUUAAUAAGAUCACUGUAACUGCCCAUUGGGACUCAUUUCUCCUUGUCUUGAUUUUGUAUUGGCCAGUUUGAUAGAGGCUCAUUCACUGAAGGUCAUAUCUUAGCUGAGAAUUACACAUCUUUUAAGAAAUUAAGGCUUUUGAAUUAUAAGGGUGACAAUUAGUAAACUGCUCCAGGAGGUAACUGAUGACCAGGCCAUUUUUUUUUUUAGUCAAAGUAAAGUUCACCACCAAAAGUUCACAUUUAUGCCUACAGCAUUUUAAUAAUCAGAAUUUACUUAGUUAAAACUAAAUCACAAAAUGAAGCUGCUAGAUCUGGUCUCUUAUAAAAUUACAUUUCUAAAAUUUUUUCUUAGUUUUUAAACAUAUUUCUAUAUGUAGAAUUACAAUGUUCUGGUUUGGGGUAGCAAUAGAAAAGAAUAUUAUUCUGAUAUAGUAUUAAUAUUUGAUGCUUUAUACUAUUACUAAUAAUGACUCUCAAACUAUUGAUUUUGGGUUUGACAGAGAAAAUAUCCUUGAACACUGAAACUAGUAAUUUCAAAAUUCCAUUCAUAAAUGCUGCCUCUUAUGAAUGACAUCAAUCUCUCUUACAUAAAAUGACUUUUUUCUCCAUA